CUCUCUCUCUCUAUAAUAAUUAAAUAACUUCACAAUUCACCGAAAAACAAAAGCAACAUAAAUAUCGCGCUUUAUUGUUACAAAAUUCUUACAUUCAUAAACGUCUCAUGAUAGGCUAUUGUAAUUGUGAAUUCUUUAACAAACAAAAUUAAAUUUCACUCCACCCUGGUCAUUUCACCCUCGCUAAACUAUGCCUUUAAGCAAACUUUUCAUUCAUUUUAUUUUCGUUGUGUUAGUAAAUGUGCAUUAUUUAUCCACUUCAAAACGCAUGCACUGGAAAAAAAAAUAACCGGCUUGUCACCCCACACUAGACAGUUCAUCUCAUUUUACACCACUGGCCAACCCAUACCAAAAACCGGCUGAAUGCUAAUGUACCGCCGGCAUUCUCCGGUGUGCGAUUUGCCAUGCCGUUUUAACACCAAACCGAGCGAAAUGCCGGAAACCUGACACGUGCUUUUUUGCCACCCUUUUGCACACGAAAUGGAAUUUGCUACCCGUGUCUUCGCCCUGCCCUUUUUCCACUCCAACCACCGAAAUGUACGAUGUAAACACGAACAACAUUCUGACUGUGAGAAGCAUUUAUUACUUCGGUAAGGAACGGAACCGGUAAAACGGUUUGCCACUUGAAAGUGGUCUAAAACGUUUGCUUUGUCCCUGAUGGAGGCGCCAGGUUGGUUACAGAAUCAACAAGUUUGCAACAAUCCUCUCUCGCUCGCGCUCGCUAUCUCUCUCACUCUCCCAAUCGCUGAUGUGUUUGGGAAUGCAACUUUCCCAUCGCAAGGGGAAAUUUCGGACGAUGGCACAUGCGCUACACUCACCGGUGAACAUAUCCUUCGUGUCCUGGUACGGUUCGUCGUCGGAGUCGGAAUGUCAUUUCGUGUCAGUUACAAACGAUACGCGGAUACGGAACGUCACGCUUCUUGUUUCGGCCUUACGUUAGAAGGUGUUGUGUUUCUUAACAGCAAAUCAGUGCCGGUAGACUGUUUGUAUAUAUGUGUGUGUGUGUAUGUGAUUUUUUUCUUAUUAGCUAUCAAUCGAAUUGUGACAAAACGAAGGUGUCGAUUGGAGAAGCAAUUGCGGUGCGGCAAACAGAUCCCCAACCACAAUAAAGAUGGUUCGGUCGGUUUAAAGUGCAUUGGAGUGUGAGUGAAAGUACCCGUACGAAGAAAAGCAAAGGAUGUUUUCCUCGUUUCCCCGAGCAACGGAAUUUCCCGGUUGGGAAAGAAAAUGAGUUUGAUGGGUUUCGACUGAUGGUGGUUCAUCGUGUUCGUAGAGAAAUUCAUUCAUCCGCAUUGAAACCUACUUGAAUUUCCAUGUGAACCAUAUUUUUAAUCAAAUUACACGCACAUAAAAUUAAUCAUACCCACACUUGUGUUGUCCGUGUACGCAUUAAUAUCUAAUUGCGAACAAACGGAGGGAAAACAAGCAGAUGAGCCGGACGACACGUCGUACGGCACUUGCAAAUGGUAAUGCAUUGUGCAAUGCAACCAUUCCCUUGCGUUCGUUUGACCCUCUCCCCGACCCACACGAUAGGAUGAGUGCGAGUGAGAAAUAAUUCAUUACGUGAAAUUCGGCUGGACGAGUCCAAACAGGAUAUCGUUCUGGGUCGCUUUUCCGCCCCCAAAGGGAGGGUGGACAAACGCUAUCUCUCUCUCCAGACAGUAUCACGAUUCGGAUUAUGUGCUCGGAUGAAAUGAUGGUAAUUAAAAUUUCAAAAUUUUAAUCCAAUCGUGAUGAAUAUUCAUCAACGCUGGCAGGAGUUGGCUGGCAAAGCCAGACCCACAGUGACAGUGGAUGCGUAACGUCUAUAGGUGUGGCAUUCCACUAUUCGGGAAGUGGUCUCCGUUGGGCUAUAAAAAGGUGCGCUCGAUGAGGGUUUAUGAAAGGCCGUAAGUGAUCCCUUGUGCCGGUAAUUAGUUGGCGCGUUUGUGACGAGUGUUGUGUUGGGUUUUCAGCAUUGAGCGUUAUAGAUCUUGUGCAAUAUAUCUUCAAAGUGUAGGUUUUCCUUCAAAUGUGUUGAAAUAAUUCAAAUUUUGUGAGAAAAAAAAUGCUUUUUUAUCUCUAUUAGUAGCAAGCAGUGCGCUAAAAAGUGAUUAAAGUGCAAUAUUAUUGUUUUCCAAGUAAAGUAGGGAAUGCAUUCCUGCCGUGUUUUACUCUUGCUGUGACAAGUGUUUUGCUUCCCAUGAUGCAAAGGCCGGUGUGCGAUUCUUACCCUACCUUAUAGCUCGAUACAUAGCGGUGCAUCGUCGUAUUCUUUUAUGCUGAUCGUGUGCACUACUACUACUACUACUACUACUACUAUUGCUACUCUGCCCUACUAUACUGCCCGCUAUCAUCGUUCCAUCCACCAUCUGAUGCUGAAACCGGGUUGCCAUGGUUGCAUCCUACCGGCGUUGCUAGAUAUGUUCGUACGGUCGCUGUUGUGAAGACGUGCCUUUGCACGUUGCGUUGUGUUUGUGGAUCCUGCAGAAUAGGUACGAUGGCCCUCCGGCGACCACUACGUAGCGUCAUCGGACCGUCCAUCAUCGUCUGGCGGUUGCUACUGGUGACGGUUCUGCUCUGUGGAUUACCCCGACCGGUUACCGGUUACUUCGAUCUAUUUCUCAACCACACGGAAGUGAUCAAACUGAUGGGUAUCGAGGCCGAUCUUUUUUACGUUCGCGACGGUGCUAUCAAUGAUUAUGCCAUGAGCUUCGUAGUACCAAUGAAGCCAGGCAUUGAUUUUUUACGAUUUUCCUGGCAAAGUCGUACGGCAUACCCGCUUCCUUACACGAUAUCGGUCCACUACGAUGACAACGAAGGGGCGGUACAGCAUCCGGAGCUCGACAUUCCGACCAGCGGCAUUAUACCGCGCACGGUCGAAAGCUUCACCGUACAUCUGGUUUGCUGGGGGAAUGUCACCAAAGAGGUACCGGUCGGUAUUCAUCUGCACGUCGAGGGACCACCGAAGCAUAAUGACACCAAGUUGAUUAUUAAGCGGAACAAAAUUUGCAUCAAAGGUAUGCACCCGGCAAGGAAUCGUUUACCGGCUGCCGAAAUAGCACCACAGCAAGGACCAGCCUUACUGGGUGCGGCCGCCUGUGCACUGGGUCUUGUGCUGGUGGUGGGACUCAUUGCCAGUGCGAUGUACGUCCGGGCACGAAAACAAAUUCGGCAGGACUCGUUACACACCAGCUUCACCACUGCAGCAUACGGUAGCCAUCAGAAUGUUUUCAUCCGGUUGGAUCCCUUGGGACGCCCGCCUAGUGCUAACAGUGGUUCCUACGCAACGAUAGCGAGCCUCAACAAAUACCCCAUCAGCGAAUCGAAAAAGUCGUGGUUUCGCAGCACCCCUUCGCCAUCGCCGUACGCGACAGCUCUUCUGCCCUUAGGGCAAAAUGGAACCGCAACGGGGACGGAAUCGGUCUACGCCAAGCCAGAAUCGGUCUGUCCAUCCCGGGUGUCCUACUACGCUUCAUCCCAGCUAACUCAGGUCUACAGCCUAUCGACGCCAGCGCGAAGCAUCCACAGCAACAGCUCGAACCCGAAGGACAAGCUGCGCCGGAUUGCCGUGUCCCCGGGCACCAUCAUCUGCCAGCAACUCGUCCAGGAGGGCACGUACGGGCGUAUAUACAGCGGUAUCCUACAUCAUCCGCUGGGUGAAACGCGUGACGUGCUGAUCAAAACCGUGGUCGACGGCGCCUCGCUAAGCCAGGUGGCUUAUCUACUGUCGGAAGGAUCCACCCUGUGUGGCAUCUCUCACCCAAACAUUCUGUUCCCGGUGGCAGCGGUAACCGAGUUAUCGGGGCCACCAAAAGUCGCCUAUCCAUUGGCGGCCAAAGGAAACCUCAAACUAUACCUGCAAAGCUGCCGGGAGAUCGGUAUACAAAAUUCGCAGCUCAGCACCCGACAGCUGGUGGAGUUCGGUCUGCAAGUAGCCCGUGGCAUCUCGCACCUACAUUCGCUCGGCGUACUGCACAAAGACAUCGCGACCAGGAACUGUGUCCUAGACGUGGAGUUGAACGUUCGUGUUUGUGAUAAUGCCCUGUCGCGUGACGUCUUCCCGAGCGAUUACCACUGUCUAGGGGACAACGAGAACCGGCCCGUCAAGUGGAUGGCACUGGAAACGCUCGAGAAGAAAUUCUUCACCGCAUCCAGCGACAUCUGGAGCCUUGGGGUGCUGCUCUGGGAGCUGGCAACACUAGCCGCGAUGCCAUUCGAGGAGGUGGACUGUUUCGAAUUAUCGGCUUACCUACGGGAUGGCUAUCGGUUAGCACAACCGGUCAACUGUCCGGAUGAGUUCUAUACGGUAAUGUCCUGUUGCUGGCUCGCGGACUACAAGCAGCGUCCAUCGUUCCCCCAGCUAAUUGCCUAUUUGCACGAUUUUCAUGACGACCUCGGCAAGUACAUCUAGGGUGUGGCGACCCUUCACCGCCCAUACCGCCGAUAUGCUGCAUUUCACGGUUACUCCCAUCGGAACGUCUCAGGGUGCCUCGGAUCGAUCGAGAGGAGAACCAAACUAAAACCAAAAAGGGAGAGUCCCGACGUCCUUUCGUACGGCGUAUGGCGCUGAAGUUCGAACAAUUUCCGUUCGUCUGACAUGCAUGCGGAGACAUUCAGUCCCAACCAGGACGCUCGCAGUAUAAGUGUUUGUGUCCUUUUUUUCCCUACCAGCACCAUUUAGCGCACAAAAUCUGUGAAACGUGACAAAAUUGUAGCCGAUCGCAGCGCAACAUGUCGGUCGAUAGCAACUGGUUCUCCAAUGUCACCGAUCAAAAUGGAACGCAUCGGAAUGGAGCUGCAAUAUCGAAGGUGUAUGGUAACAGACGCAAAAAAGAGAGGACACCCAUCCGCAUAACCCAGUUGCAGUGUUUAAAAAAAUGUUCCUCUAUAGGGAGAGGAUGAAACAUUUUGCAGAAAAAAUAGGUAAUAAAACAAAAAACAUUUAAACCAAUAAAAAAAGACCAUUGAGAGUGAAAUGACGGUGUAUCGGUAUAUUGCACCAGCGAGCAACAACGUCCAACACACACACACACAAAAGUGUGCUUGAAUAGAUGUAUGUUUGAGUGUAGUUAUUGUACUCGAUUAACAAAAAUAAAUUUAGUGAACGUAACAGAACAAACAAACAAAACCACACGUCGUUAUACAUGUCGUUCACAAGAGGAAAAUAAAGAAGCGAAAAAAAAGGAAUAGCAAAGGUAUUGCAGAAAAAAAACAUAAAUCAAACAGAAGUAGUGGAAGUGAACCGAGGAAGCGAAUAAAACUACUAUCAAAAGAGAAUGAGUGAUAAAUCAAAAGCGAACAAAAACAAAGGUAGAAAAACGCAAUUCAAAAGCCAACAGAAAAUAAACGUUAAACGCAGCAUUAAAAUCAAAACUAAAACCAAAUAGCACACCAAGCGAACAAAAGUCACAAAAUGCGUAGAAAAGCAAAAACUAUUAUAAUGAAAAACACAUUUAAAAAAAGGGCAUCUAAAAAGUGAAGUGAAAACAAAAAAGUGAAAACAAACCACGAAGCGAAAAGCAAACGAAACCAACCAAAUUGAUUAAAUAUACACAUGUUUAUAUAUAUUUUGUUACGUACGAUUACAUUUUGUACAAGUGUAAAACAAAAAAAAAUGAAGUGAAAAAUUAACACACCGAAACAAACACACAAACACGAUACGUACAAGUCAGGAAAAUCAGGAAUGUAACAUUUGUAAGUGACGUCAGAAAACACGAAAAACUACACGCACAUAAAGUGGCCAACUGUAAACAUCAAACAAACGUACCGAAACAACACCACACCACAAUCUAGAACUAGAAACUUUUUCUACAAAACAAAAAGAAACACACACACACGCCGGAAACACGAGGAAAAAUACAACAAAAGUCUCACCCCGAACCAGGUGACAUAUGAGCUGACUUUGAGCUUUUCAUGCAAAAGGGGAACCACAUUUUCGCUUCGUAGCGUUGCCUACUUUGCUGGAGUUUUCUUUUGUUCCGGAACGCGCGUAUGUUUCCUUUUGGUUGCAUUUUUAAGUUGCAAUUUAUUUACAUCAAAGUAACCCAAGUGAUUUAGUUUUUUUUUCUCUUUUAUUUACUGUUCGUUUCGAUACAGUUCGUAACAUAACAAUACGUUUACUAGUGUUUCGAGUUAAAGUUUUAAGUACUACUAAGAACUCAGUUUUCUUCUUAUCUUUGCUUUUUUACUAUCACUAAUGAAACAUUAUCUUUAUACGUUUAUUUUUUUCACUUAUAUCGAAAGGCCGGGACAAGUUAGUUUAAUUAUUUCAUAAAUGUUAUACAAUUAUUUGUUGAAAAUAAGGGAAAAGCCGGAAAAAUAAAAAAAAAAAUUAAAUAUUUGUUGAUUUUAGUACAAUGUAUAAUUUUAAUAUUAUUGUGUUUUUAUUUGUAUAAUUUUCAAUAUCUGGUGCCACGCAUUCAUACUGUUAUCCAUUUCGAAAUUUGUCUUUUUUUGAUAACGUAGAUCGUUAUUUUUAUUCUCAAACAAUAAAAACAAAAAAGUGGCUGUAUAUAUGUAUAUGUUACGGACUGUAAAAGAAAAUUUGGUUGCUUCCUUCAACUUCGCUUCCCCAUCUCAAACAUGCUUUUGCUUCUUCGCUUUUCAUAAAAAGAAAAACCAAACUACAAUCUAUACCGCAAAUAAACCUUUCACAAUCGCUCACACAUUCACCCGCUUUACGAAGGAGGUUAAACAAGUUAAAAUGUUUAACACUUAUGUAAACUAUUCAAAAUGCCACACUGUGGCGCCAUUUUGUGCAGCUAAUCUGAAUAAUACAAAAGCAAAAGAAAACACACGCUCGUUCUCUUCCACGCUUCUCUUUUGUGUUUGUGAGGCUUCUACUGCUUCACCGAAUGUUUUCUUUCCUAUAACUAUUUCGAAAAUGAUACUAAAUUUAAGACAACAAAACAAAAACAAAAACAUCCACUAUUGGAAACAAACAGGGUAGUAGUUCUAUAGGCAAUUGACAACACAAAAUUAACUGUUUUCUGUUUACUAAGCUAAAAUGAAAUGUUGUAAAGUUUUUUUUGGUUUAAGAAAAAAAGUCCUUUAAAAAAACACUGUACUAAGCUUAACUAUUUCGCUGUGUAUUAAAACGAUUAAACAAAUCAUGAAUCUCAGAAACAACCAUUCCAAAAAUUCGCCCUUAAAACCUCCCCCAAAAACUACAUGUAAUGUUUAAGCAUGCUCUCUUACAAAUACUCUUUACAAUCUAAAGCCCUCUAAAGCGCUCUAAAGCCCCGUUUUUCUCUACACGAAAAUUGAACCAACAAGAAAACACCCAUUUUCUGAUGUUCUCUAGAUGUUACUAUUUAACACAACCACCACUACCGGGAAACGGAGAAAAAUGGACGGCAGGGGCAGAAAAAUAAAACAAAUUUUAUUUUUAUCUUUAAUUUUAAACUGGAUUUUUAAGGCACAUACACAAUUGUAAUAUAGAAAAGUUGAUAUGUGUUGGUGUGAAGGCGUGCUUGUUUGUUGUGUGUGUCCUUAAACCGGUAAAAUCAAACCGAAUUUAAGCCACAUUCCUGUUUGGGGUUGUUUGUUUACCAACUUGGAAUUUGGUUCUAUUCUUCUCUUCGUUAUGUUUCCUUUCUUUACCUUUCUGUAUCUCAAAAAUGGGUAAAAUUAUUAGAAAAUUUUAAUUAAAUCUAGGAACCAUUAAGUUUUUCAUAUCACAUUUAAUUUACUUUUCCAUUUCCUUCCUUUUUCUAAGUUUUUUAAAACUUUUUCAAAUGUGUUUUAUUUUUUUUCUUUUAUGCUUAAGUGUAAUGUGUUUAUUUCUUUAGAAUUUUAAACUCUAAACUUCAUUUUUCCUGUCUGUAUUUAACUUACUAACAUUCGUUACCCACUAGUAGCAAAGAAAACUAUUUAAACCACUCAUCGCACGUUAAUGUAGCCUAAAGCCAAAACUAAUCCUCUUGCAGAAACCGUACCGUAGUGUGUCUAAAACAAAAUACUUUUUCUUCUUGCAUGUCUUAGGCACACAAUUGCACGCGAAGAACAACGCCAACAAUGUAUCCCUUUCGCACAAACCUUACUCCUUGCAGCAAAUAAAAAGUGCAUUAAGUUAAUAAAAACCCCUCCGAAGGGUUUGAUAAUGCACAACACACUGUUAACGCAAUACACUGCCAAACCAUGGGGAAAUAAUAUCAUUGUAUUUGAAAAAAAACACAACAAACUAACAAACAAUGGAAAAUUCGGAACAAGUUUCACACUUAAAAAUCGAUGUUUGUCGUGUCCCAAUCGUGUCGCCAAUCUCCUCUCAUGUCGAUUUGCUCGUAACUGCUAAGGUAGGAAGCUACAAUUUACUUAGGAUCUAACUGUUGUUUCAUCUACAUCCAUUAGAAGAAAAAGAAAACCACACACACACACACACGCAUCACACUACACAUACAAAAAAAAAACCGUAAAAUUCCACCACACACUUGCACAGAUUCGUAACGGAUGGAAACAAUACGCGGCUUCAAUUUGUUAAGAUUACACGCCAGGACACGGAAAGUUACCACAAGAUAGGUGAAACGUUUAAUGAUGCGAUACCAGAAUACUGUAAACUAAAGCUGUGUGAAACAAGCAGAUUUCUCACUGGUGUGUGUUCGGGGAAUCCAACCGAAUCACCACAACCGUACCAUGAAAUGUGACGAAUAAAGAGAAAAAUAUAUGUCAACUUUAAUUGUUGAUUCAAACAUA